AUGCAUCGCCUCUGUGCUCGCUGCGAGGCCAUUCCGCUCCAUAACCUUCUCCAACAAGGACAUUGCCUCUGGAAGGAGGCGAACGAGCCCGAGUUGUCGUGGGACAUCCCGUGGUAUUCAUCGCUAAGUGAACUGACUGCACCGUCGUGGCCAGACUGCGCGUUUUGCAAGCUAGUUCACCAAGGCUUGGAGGCGUCUUUCGAAUAUGAGGCGGCACAGCAAGAAGCAUACGGAGACGUCCCUCCGACAAACUCCACGGAAACAGACGCGAAGGAUCCCCUGCGCAAGAUGGAAGGAUACCUGGACUUCCCCAUGACCAUGUCGCUGCAACUCCGCUCAUCUUUAUCAAGCGAAGACGGUGCGGAAGCCAUGGAGAUAUCACAGCGUAGUGGAAUGGCCCAUGCUAUUCUGACCGUCAGAAUCUCGUCGGGGGUCUCGUGGGGUCUGACACUCCAAGCGGAGUUUCGUGUAGCGACCAAUCAUGACGGCCCUUUGGCGGAAAUGAUCCUAGGCCGGACUGUCGCGCAAUCAGCUGACAGUGACCAGGCCUUUUCGGUUAUCAAGGUCUGGAUGGACUCAUGCAUCAACGAUCACCAUACACAAUGUGCGGAGGCCUCGCAACCACCACUGCUCCCAACGCGGGUAAUCGAUGUCCGGCCAGUAGGGCUUGAUCCAGGGUUAGUAAGACUUCGAGAUGACCAGAAUAAAGUGGAUCGCGCUGCUCGUUACGUUGCCUUGAGUCACUGCUGGGGAAAAUGCAUUCCAUUCGCGACCACCCUUGAGAAUCUAGAGGAUCGCAAGCGAGAGGUCCGUAUCACGGACAUGUCUCAAGUCUUCCAGGAGGCGGUUCUCAUUACACGUCGGCUUGGCAUACAGUAUCUCUGGAUCGAUACACUUUGUAUUGUCCAAAAUGAUCGGCAUGACUGGGAAGUCGAAGCUGGGAGAAUGGCGAAAGUCUACAUGGACGCCUUUGUGGUGAUCGGGGCGUCAAAUUCAAAUGCAGAUGAUCAAGGAUUUCUUGGCCCUCGAGAUCAUUUGGGUUCAAUUAACUGGGUGGGGACUCUCCAGAACGGACGCAGCAGCUCUUUGGCUGUAUCCCUACUACCUCCAGCAGGAGAACGAUGGACAUCUGGCCGGGAUCCGGUCUCGUCCGAGCCACUCCAGGGCAGAGCCUGGUGUUUACAAGAGCGGUAUCUCGCCCAGCGCGUUCUACUUUACGGCGCAAGACAGCUCUUCUGGGAGUGUCGCGCCCUCAGCCGGGCUGAAGAUGGGGAUCUCAGGCUGGGUAAUCUCCAUAAUCUGGAUCGUCUGAGAGGAACGGCAUCGAGCCAAAGGACUAUAUUUGGCCCACGCCCAGGAGGGGACUCGGAAGUCAAUUAUCGAGGGUGGUACGAAAUGAUUGAGGAAUAUACCCAACGUUCAAUCACCCACCAGUCGGACCGAUUCCCUGCAUUAUCAGGUGUAGCAGACGCAAUAGCGCAGACGUCCAAGGACGUAUACCUUGCCGGAAUCUGGAGGAAGGGACUGGUCGAAGGUUUGCUCUGGUGUGCAAUGAACCGCGAAGAGCCACUUCAGAAGCCAACGUCGUAUCGUGCCCCAUCCUGGUCGUGGGCCUCUGUCGAGGGGCAUGUUCAAUUUAUUGUAUAUCAUUUCAUCGAGCGAUGUAGGUGGAAGCGUGGCAUUGCAGACUACGAGCAACUAGCAACAUUCGUGGAUUGCGAGGUUAAGAAAGACGGGCCUGAUGUCUAUGGCACUGUCAAGAGUGGGUAUCUUCGUCUGCAGGCGCCCCUCUUGCCAGUCAAGAGUCUAUAUCCUGCAAGUAAUAGGUCUCCAGUCUCCGAGGUGCUAUUACCGCCUCUACAAAAUUCGACCGUUGAUAAAGUGGUGGAAGUGGAAGUGGAAAACGAGUCUUUCUAUCUUCACGCGGGAUUUGAUCUGACACCCGAGCCAGUAUUCCCCCAGCAGCAGCUGUUUGUCCUCUUCCUCGCCCGCCUUCCAGAUGGUAACCAUGGGUUUUCUCCGUUCAUGGACCACCGAUUCGGUUUGCUAGUUAGACGUACCGACAUGGAUAAUGAGGUCUAUGAGCGAGUAGGUAUCAUCGACUCGCCAAUCCUGACAAAGGAUACACCUGGAGGUAUUUUGAUGACCCUCCUUCGCCUUCUGGAGAAUUUGCUCCGAUUCCUAGAGAGCCUCUCGCCUUCCGCGGACAGAUUGCCUGUCUUUAAUCUGACACCACGGCUAUUCGUGCCGAAAAGGGCCCUGGCAGAGGAACCUGAGGAAGAGAUGCCCCCUGAUCCACUGCCCGAACUGAAACGGCACUCGGUCCUAGUUACUCUUGUAUGA